GAAUAAUUACUGUAAAAUCAAGUAAUAAGAGAAGUACUUCAUAGGCCAUCUUGGCUAGACCAACUAGGAAAUCUUACACCACUGAGGCAUUCCUGAUAAUGAUUUAUUACUACUAGUACUGCCAAUUUUAUUAUCAUCACCACCAAGAAAAAUAAGAGUUUUGGGUGAUUGUUGUUUCAUAAGGAUAGCAAUAUUUAAUUGGCUCAACUGAUAAACAAAUCAACCAACAAUUUAGUAAAUUAAUCAAGGAGGAAAUUUUUAAUCAUUAGGGCCAAGAGCUGAGAACACACUUGUGUUUUUCUAAGGUUAUUUUGACCACGUUACUCUAACAGUAAACUACUAAUAUGAAAAGUGGCAUUUCCUUGUUGCAAGGAUUAGUAAUUUUUGUGCAUUCAGUUGCCCCAGUCCAGGGGCCAUUCAGGACCCACGCUGCAAUUUGUUUUGAUGGUUUUUAAUAACUAAUUUUUAGUUUGCUGCAACUCGCCCUGGAACCUGGAGAGACCGCACACGCGCCUCGGGCAAAGGUUUUUAAGUCGCAUGGAACCCGGAGAGACAUCCGAGUCGAUUUGUAUAGGAUCAGGCUGCCAAGCGCGGCAAAAGUUCUUGAAUCGGUUAAAAACACACACACAUACCACAUGAUUUCUCGAGCUCUCCUAUUGAUUUCUGCAUGUUUGCGCCUUUCUUUCUUUUUUUAAAAAAAGGAAAGGAGCCACCCAGCUUGGAAUCUUGCGCAUCGAAUAACGCAUGGAAAAUAUACGGGACGACAGGUAGCAAACCCGCCUGCAACCCAACCGUGGCGAAACAGGAAGGUUCUCCUCUCCCCCUGCCCACAUUUUAUAGCGGGCUGGUCUGGUUGGUUUGUCUCUCCAGUUUGCGCAAGCGCCACAGACCGGCUCUGGUGGUUGGAGGGAGCCGCUGCUGUUGCCCGGAGCAUGAACCUCGAGCAGCGCAGGAGGAUGCGCCGCGGCCGGUAGCUCCCGCCGGACACCUUGCAUUGAGGGCCCGCCACUAUGCGCCAGGCCUUGACUCAGCCGCGCCCCAGCGCGAUCCCCCUCUCCGAUUCUGUGGGUGAGGCGCCUCUUCGCCGAGGGGAAAGGAAAGGAGGGUGUGGAUUUGGGGAAGGGGCGCCCAUAGCAAGUGGGGCAGGAGCGCGCGCGGGAACGGGGUGUAAACGGGUGCCGCCUUUUGCGCAACACUCUUUGGGUCCUUUUUUUUCCCUUUUUUGCAAAAACCAGAGUCGGGGGUGGGUGGGUAUUGGGUCGUUUGGGGAAGUCCUGAUCGCCUGGACAUGCAGCACGCGCCCCAGGCCCGCUCCUCUCUCUCAACCUGCAGCCCUGUCGCUUGCAUUGCAGCUCAAGGCCAGAAAUAAUUUUUUUUUAAAAGCUUGCAACGGGAGUGGAGGAGGCCCCGGGUGAAAGGCGAGCCUUGCUGUUUUCCACAUGCCUGAGCAGAGAAGCUUGGGACCGUUUCUAUUUAAAAUCGCCACUGCUUGUUUGUUUUUAAUAAGGGAGGGGGGUUGUAUGGAGAAGGUUUAGGUUAUUGCUGUUUGGAGACCCUUGGUUUGUAUCACUUGGCUUCCUUUGGUCUGGAGGCCACGGGGCUGUUUCCCCCCACUGAUUGAGUGGCCUUGUGUUAUUAGAGGAUUUAAUUUGCCCUAUUGGUGAGUAGGCUGAAUGUGUGGUCACCAGGCUGCUGCUCCAUUCAUUUAUUGGAGCAAGGCCUGCAACUCAGUGGGAGAGCAUCUGCUUUGCAUGCAGAAGGUCCCAGGGAACCCCAAGGCAGUGCUGCAAAACACUCCUACCUGGAGGGUUGCUGCCAGCCAGCGUAGACCAGCCUUCCUCAGCCCCUGUUAGGUGGGCUUCAUGUAAAACAAGGUGGAGGAGAGCCUUAACUCAGUACAACUUGUGCUUUCCACGCAAAAGAGCCUCAAUUCAGCCUGGCAUUUGCUUGUAGGUCUGGGAAAUACUCCUGCCUGGAUAACUGCUGCAGUCGUUGUAGACCAGCCUUUCCCAACCUUUUCUGGUUGAGGCUGGUGGGAGCUGUAGUCUAACGGUCUAGAGGGGAGCAGGUUGGGAAAGGCAGCAGUGACCUACAUGGAGCAGUGGUUUGAAUCUCUCAUAGGUACCUUCCUAUGUCCUUGUUAUUUAUUUCAAACGCCCAUCAUCCCUGACCGUUGGUCCUGCUGGCUGGUGCUAAGAGGAGUUGGAGCCCAGGAACAUCUUGAGGGCCACCAUUUCCCCAUCCCGGUUGCAUAGGAUUGUGCUAAGAGAAUUUCUGCAAUAUUGAUAUAACAAGAUGCAGAAAUAAUACGAUAUAUCACAAGCUUUGGAAUAUAGAAGCCUCGUUGCUGGGCAGAACUUGACAAUUCCUUAAGUCAGGGAGGCAGAUUUCCUGGGGACAGAUUGCGUGGGCCAACUGCCAGUGAUGGACCUUGGGAUCUUAGAUUUUAGUGGUGCCCCGUGUGAUGCCAAAAUUCAGCACCAAAUUGAUGCCAAACUUAUUGCACCCUUAGCUGUAUUCUAAAUCAUAGCUGUGGCACCCCCAAGGCUCUGCACCCAGUGUGACCAAACCAGUCACGCUCCCCUAAAUCUGCCUUUGCAACUGCCCUGCUUCUCCCCCCCCCCCCCACCGCCUGUUCAUUUGCCCUCUCCCUCUGGACCCAGUCUGUAUCUCUGGGCAUAAAGAAAUAGCAAGGCAAGCAAAACCUUAUGUUAGAAACAUAGGGAGUUGUCUUAUACUGAGUCAGACCAUUGGGUCCACUUAGCUCAGUAUGUCUACGCUGGCAGCAGCUCCCCACCGUUUCAGAGAGGGCUUCUCCCAGCCCUACCUGCAGAUGCCAGGGCUUGAACAUGGGACAUUCUGUAUGCAAAGCAGAUACUCUGCCGCUGAGUGAUGGACCUGUCCUUGCUUUUGGAAAUGCUUGUGCACUUAGAGAACAGCAGAAGAACAGGGAGCUGCUGCUGCAGCAGCAGCAGCAGCAGCAAGGAGUUGGCUCAGGGUCGGGGAAGAGAUUCAAGGGUCAGCAGCUGCCCCUCUGUUGUGUGGUCUUAAGGCAGAUGCCCUACCAUGCCAACUUCUGACGCCAGUUGUGGGAACAGGACAGACAUACUGCAGAAGAGAAGGGUUUUUUAAAGAAAGAAAGAAAAUGAAGGAAAAGAAAGAAGUCAUAUUGGAUAUUAACAAAUCGAAUCAGCUGUUCAGAGUUAACUUGCUGCUAAUCUGGUUGUGUUCUUCCUCCUCUCUUAACAAAUUAACUGAAUGAGGUUUUUCCUUGCCAUGGGUUUUCUUAUUUGCCACACCCUGUUGGUUAAACCACAGAGCCUAGGGCUUACCGAUCAGAAGGUUGGCGGUUCGAAUCCCCAUGACGGGGUGAGCUCCCGUUGCUCAGUCCCUGCUCCUGCCAACCUAGCAGUUCGAAAGCACCUCAAAGUGCAAGUAGAUAAAUAGGUACCGCUCCGGCAGGAAGGUAAAGGGUGUUUCCGUGCGCUGCUCUGGUUCGCCAGAAGCGGCUUAGUCAUGCUGGCCACAUGACCCGGAAGCUGUACGCCGGCUCCCUCGGCCAAUAAAGCGAGAUGAGCACCACAACCCCAGAGUUGGUCACGACUGGACCUAAUGGUCAGAGGUCCCUUUACCCUUUACCUAUUGGAGAAUGUGAGGCACUACUUGCUGCUUGCAAAUGUGAAUUCAUGCCCCUUUUCUCAAAGAUCAGCAAGAGCCUUCCCCACAUUUAACGUACUUAGCCUUGAUAGCACAACUGGUGUGGUCACAUCAGAAAGGAGUAAAUCUUCAGACUUAGAGAUGCCACAGGAGAGGGGGCGUGAAAUGUGAAAUGCAAAGUCUUUUCAUGUGAGCUUGGAAGCCUGUGCCAGCGCAUGGGUGUGUCGCUCAACUGAAUGCUGGGCAGGCCCCCUUGAAGCAGGUUCAAGAUGCAGAACUGGUUAGGACCCUGAGUCCAUUCUUUGAGGGAGGGUAUGCCUCAUUAUUUGGUGCUUUGCAAUGUGAUUUAGGUUUCUUAGCUGGGAGCAUAAGAACAUAAGGAGAGACAGCUGGAUCAGGCCAAUAGCCCACCUACUCCAACAUCCUGUUCUCACAGUGGCCAACCAGAUGUCUAUGAGGAGCCAAAUCGCAGGACCCAAGAACAAGAGCACUCUCCUCUCUUGCAAUUUUCAGAGCUGAAGAAGCAUUACUUCAUUUGACCAUAAAGGCAGAGCAUAGCCCUCAUGGCUAGUAGCCAUGGAUAGUCUUAGCCUCCAAUAAGUUUUCUAAUCCUCUUCUGUGAGUAUUAUGCAAGUGAGAUGGGCCUUUAUGAACUACGGGACCUCUGUGGUGUGUAUUUGGCCGGCCAGCCACUAAUACACUCAGGAGGUCACUGGUUUGAGUCCCUCAGUGGGCAAAGCAUUGCUUCUCUCUGCUGCCUUGGAGGGAAAGUGCUAUAGCUCAGUGGCAGAGCAUUUGUUUUGCACACAGAAGAGCCCCAGGUUCAAUCCUCGGCAUCUCUAAGUAGGGCUGAGAACAUCCUCUGCCUGAAAUCCUGGUGAGCUGCUGCCAGUCAGUGCAGACUGCGUUGAGAUAGAUGACUAAGUGAUCUGCCUUAGUAAAAGGCAGCUUCCUAUUCUCUUAUGUAGAGGGUAGUGCUAGAUCUAAUGUUGUGCUAAGGUAUAUUUUAGUUGAGUGUUGGGUGAAACUUUUUGAUAGAGCAACUACGAAACUAACUAUCUAGAGCAGGAAUGGCGAACAUCAGACCAAUGAUGUUUCUCCCAGGCCACAUGCCCCUUUCUUACCCUCCUGGAAUAUUUUUGCCUGGCUGGAAUAUGUCCUGGAACUCGAACCGUGUUUCUUGUUUGCCCAGAUGAAGGCUAGAGUGUAGAUUUAGAGCACUUGCUCUGUCCAGUUUUGCCUCUGGCCCUGCGCACCUCUGGACUGUGGCUCACACAGUUAGGGAAUAUGCCCCUCAGGCUGAGAAAGGUUCCCCACCUCCGAUCUAGAGGGCUGGUGGGCUGUGCUUCACAGGAGAUUUUUCAAGAAUGGACGGCCACCCAUUGGGAGUCUGUUCUGGAUUUCCUGCACUGACUUGGGAAGUCAGGAUUUUAGGAAGGUGAUGCAAACCUGCACAAUUUGUGACUCGCCAACCUGAAUACAGCCUGCUGGUCACAUAUAGUCACCCGCUAAGUUCUUGACAAUUCCCCUUAUUUUUGCCUUUCUUGGCAUGCUUGUUUCUCAAGCCUUUGGUGGGGGGAUGGGUUGAUUUGGGCCGUUAUUUAAAUCACUAAGGGAAAAUGCAGGUUUAAAUGAAGUUUCAAAAUGCCUACUUCAAAGUUAUGUGAUCUUUUAAAGAUGAUUACGACUGAAUACAGCCUUUCUUUUGCCAAGGAUCAUAAUCCCACACCUCUUGUGAUAGAGCCCACAAGGCUUUUGCACUUCAAAAGAAAAAAAUUAGGCAGGGGAACAACAAUAAAAUUAAGGAGCUCUAUUUUGGUUCGUUGUACAUAUGCAAGGACACUAGGAAAGAUCGUUUCCUGGAAAACCAAUGGCAAAGUCCUACUUAAUGUUAUUUGUAUGCUACCUUUCCACAAUUCAAACCACGCUCAAGGUGGCUUACAACAUUAAAGCAAUAUAUAACUACAACAUAAUAAAAGCAGUCAUGAACAAUAAAUAAAACAUUUAAAAUACUGCAAUGCCUUAUACGUAGGGCUGCCUCUGAAGACGGCAUGGUAACUUGAGCUGGUGCAGAAUUCUGCUGCCAGGUUGCUCACUGAUGCAGGUCAGUUUGAGCAUAUUAUACCAAUUCUGGCCCAACAGCACUGUUUCUGGGUCCAAUUCACAGCACUGUUUUUUAAUUAUAAAGCCUUAAACGGCUCAGGACCGCAGUACUUCAAGGACACCCUUUCCCCAUAUGGACCAGUUUGAUCCCUGCAAUCAUUUCCCCAGGCCCUUCUUUGUGUGCCUCCUCCAUGAGAGGCCCAGAGUGUGCCAACACAAGAACUUUUCUGCAGUAGCUCCCAGUUUGUGGAAUGCUCUCCCCAGGGAAGUUUGGCUGGCGCCUUCAUUAUACACCUUUAGGUGCCAGGCAAAAACGUUCCUAUUCAAACAAGCCAUUGGGCUGAUUAAUAUCUUAUACCCCAUUUUAAGGUGUUUGUGGACAGCGUGGGGGAGGGAGGUUUCAGUUUCUUGUUACGGUUUUUUUAUCAUGUGUUUUGUGUUUUUAUCUUGUAUUUUUAUGCUGUGAGUUGCCUUGAGUUCUACAGAUGAAGGGCAGUAUACAAAGUUAAUAAAAAAUAAAUAAAUGAAGAUACACAAACAAACAGAACAAUUUCCACAUAAAUCUCAACAAGAUCUAAAAUAAAGAUAUAAAAACCACAAGCAACAAUUCUCCAGCAAACUACACCCCAACAUAAGAGUCUGUUCAGUAGCCUCAGCUUUUGUAGCUGGAGUCAGUCAGGGCCCUGCCCUCCCAGGCCAGGUAGGAAAAGCCUGCAAGGCAGGGAGCAGGUCUUCCAGGACUCACAGCCAAUAUGUUUUCUCUGAAGGAAGUCCCACGUUUAUUUAUAUUUGCGGCAUUUAAUGCCGUAACCCCUAAUCCUGGGACCUUGCAGUGUGCAAUGGAGGUCUCUCUAGAGUUAAAUUAUCAGCACCCUAGUUGGGGCACUCCCAGCUGGAGAAUACGCAGCCCAUUUGCAGGCUCACAGGAUGAGUCCCUUGCUCCACUUCCCCAGCUUUGCAGAAGUCAAAGAAAGGAAAAUAGCAUGAUAACAUUUAAAGAACCUAGGCAGCUGCUCUAGAGAGGCAGAGUUAGCCACAUUAGCAACCUGCAUAGCCCUUCCUUUGAGAAUAGCUUCCCACCUGGACGACUCUUCAAGCUGCUUUUGAAGAAGGAAUCAUUACCUAACACUUGGAGCUAACCAAGGUCCUGUUUUUCUUCGCUAUCUAUGCAAAGAGUGCUUGCUUGUGGCUAGACUUUAGCUGCUUGAUGUGAUCUUGUCUGUUGUGAUUUGACCUGCUUAACCGAACUGGGCUUUACCUGCCCUGUCUUGACUUCCCUAGAUGCUCCCCUGUAAAUACCAAACACUCCCAGAACAGAAUUCUUAAGCGCCCAGAAUUUUCUAGAGACAAAAGUUGGUGAUUACUGGACGACACCUACUCUCUGCAGGAAAUAGGAUGUAAAUGGCCCCGUUCUUUUGCUGACGGAUUAAAUAUUCAUAGUCUGCAAACAAUCAAUGCAAUAUACACGACUUAUUGUGUCAUAUUUAGAGUCGUUUGACUUCAAACGCCCAGCGAUGUGGGAUGGAACAUUUUCUGCUGCUGUAUUUUUCCAAAGAGAGUUCUCAGAAUCAAGUGCUUCAUAAAAUUAAUAAGUAACAUAAUGGCUGUGGGCAGACAAUCAGAUCUCUGCUUAAUAAGCCGAGACAGGAAUGAGCCUCUUAGUUAAUGGCUUGCAAACAAUGGUGUUUGAUCUGGAAACUGCCAUUACUGCAGAAUGCAGCAGCUGGGUUACUGAGACCUUGUCAGCACAUAACACCUCUGCUUAAAGACCUGUGCUAGUUGCUGCACAUUUGUUACCAGGCCAAGUUCAAAGUAUUAAUAUUAUUAUAUAAAGCCCUUAACAGCUUGGUGCCUGUUUACUGGAGAAAUCACCUUACCCUGUAUGUGCCUACUCAAUUGCAUCAAUUAUGGAGCUGUCUCUGUUUACAGGUGCCACAUAAUAUUCAUUCCACCCUUGUAAAAAACAAAAAACCAGUCCUUUAGUGGAGCAGUGUCUACACUUUGAAACUCCCUGCUUGAGGACAUUAGGCUAGUACCUUUGCUGAACUCUUCUUGGUGCCUGCUAAAAACAUUUUUUUGUGGUUAAGCCUGUGCAGACAUGUAAAAGGAAACGUGCUUUAACCUGUUUUUAGCUUAUUGUUGGUUUUAAUUAUAUUUGGGAUUUUUCAAUUCCUGUUUUUUUUUUUUUAACUGUCUUCUAUUGAUAAUUUUAAUGCUUGUUUUAUUCUUUUGUAAACUGCUUAGAGGCUCUGUUCACAACCAAGCACCCUACAAAUUCCAUUAAAUAAAUAACAAUAAAACAAGCAAGCCAAGAGAUGGGUGCUGACGUUAUACCAUGGUUUCAUAUUCCUGCUCAUUUGGAAGACCAUGGACAUAAUGGUUCCUUGCUUGCACAAAGGGAAGAGCAGAGCAUCUGUGUGUAGACACAUAGAGCAUGUUCAUAUCCUGGCAGAGAUUUGAUCAUCUGAAUGCUGCCAGUGAAAAAUGCAGUGCAGGUCAAAUUGGGCAACUAGAGUAGAUACACUACUUCUUGGCAGAUCUAAUAUCAGAGUGGUUAUUAACUUUUUAAGGUGACUUUCUCUAGAAAGCACACAAACCCUUUGGAAUUCCCCAUCCUGUUGCUUGUCAGACAGGUGCCAUCUCUAUUGUCUUUUUGGCAGCUUUUAAAGACCUUCCUUUUCCAACAAGACUUUUAACCGAACACUUUUUAUCCCAGUUGGCUCUGUGUUGGUUUUGAUUUUGUCUUUAUAUGUGUAAUUGUCCGCCUCCUCUCCCCAGUUGGUGUUUUCAUUGUUAGAUUGCUUUGAGGUGUUUUAUAGGAAGCAAUUAAUACAUGGAAUGAAAUGAAAUAAAUAAUAUUCAUGCACACAGCUCUUCAGGCAUUCUAAAAAUCAGUAUACCACUUCUCAGCACCUCAUGAUGAACAGGAAGUGUAAGGUUUUGGGUUGUCCUGUCUUAAAAUGAUUAUAAAUAUCAGAAUAAAAAUAAUUUCCAAGUUAAGCCUCAAAUUGGUUUGGAUGUAACAUUUAAACCACGCUGUGGUGGUGCUUCAUUGAAUUCUUUUGCCUAAUUAAAUAUUUCUGUUCAGCUAAGUUAUGAUUAUUUCAGUAACUUGAAAAAUAUAUAUAUUGUUUACAGCAUGUAAGAUUAACAUAGCACCCUUUAAAAAAAUCAGUUUACUAAAUGCUAAACUAAAUUGCCUUGAGUUUAGGGCAGUGGGAUUCUUCCAUUUCAAAAUGUUCUGCAUGAAUCACACCACUGCAAAAGUCAGCUUUUAUUCUAGUUUUUGCCCGGUUCAUUCAACAGACUUUUAACUUGGUUUAUUUCACAGAGGGCCACAGAUUCAGUUUUAAGAAACCUUAAGUGCAGACAUUAACUUUUGUUGUUGUUAAAUUUCAGAUUUUGUUUUUUAAACCAGGGUAUUUUAAAAAGAUGCCUAACAGAAUUUUCUUUUUUGAAAUUGGGUUUAUUUAUUUAUUUAAAAAUAAUGAUUAACCUGCCCUGUCUGGUGGAUUAAUUACUUUGGUGGGUUAUAAACUAGGCUGGCUUGCUGAAAACUGAGCACAUACCAUUGCUCCUGGUAUUUUGCAAAGUGUCCUUGAGAAGCUAUUGAUGUCAGGAAGGUGAUUCGAGAUUUGUUUGUUUCUUUGCUGGAAUCGGAUUAGGGCCAUAACAUGCGUCCUUAGUUCAACUCUUGGAACUGCCUAGGUGGGGAUUUGCAAGUGUGCCAGCCUUUUAUAUAUUUCUAUAGGGUUGAAUCUUAUCUGAGUCACAGUGCAAGCAGAACAACUUCUGCUCGCACUACAGAACUUUACCAACUUUGCACUGUUCCCAAAUCUUUUCUAGAGGGUUGGGAGAACCCAGGGCAGAUCAGGGACUGGGGUGAUGUGGGUGGAAGAGGAAGAAGGGACACACUGUUCCCUGAGCAAAAGUAAUUCUGUUUGUGCAAUGACUUAGGCUACAAUCACAACAACAUAUAUGUUAUGUACUAAGCUUGGAUCCUAGAAGAAUACGCAGGUAGGAUCCUAGAAUGCAACAACCUGAUUGGCCUGCAGGAGACCCCAAUCAGACCCCAGGAGGAAGUUAAUCAGCCUAUUAAGUCGGUAGGAUACUAGGAUGCAACCACUGAUUGGCCUGCAGCAGCAGCCCAAUCAGGCUCCAGGAGGGAAACAUAAUCAACCAAUCAGACGGUACUCAUUGUGUAAAUAAUGUACAUAAAGCCUGAGGCUGGGGGGAGGGAAUUCAAUCACUGUUCCUAUGAGCUGAAAUAAAGAGCAUGAAAUUACUACUCGACUCGUGAGUAUAUUUCAGUUUAAAACUCCGUAGUACCACUUUUAGCCAGUAACAGCUUCCCACAAAGAAUCCUGGGUACUGUAGUUUGCUAAAGGUGCUGGAAGUUUUUAGGAGGCCCCUGCUCCCCUCCUGGCACUAUAAUUCCCAGAGUGCUUUUAACAAUCAGUCCCUCUUCACAAGGAACUCUGGGAAUUGGGACUGGGAGGAAUAACUCAGCACGCUUAUCAAACCACAGCUCCCAAAAUUCUUUGGGGGGAAGUCAUGACUGUUUAAAGUGGAAUCAUAGUGUUUAAAGCAUAUUAUGCGAAUGGGGAAUUCUCUCUUGUGGGAAUUAAGAGCUUCCUGCUUCUCCUGUUGUUAUAUCCUGGGAACAAUAUGUCCAAUAAAACAUUGCCCUCAUGGACAACAUUCCGGGGGCCACAUGCCAGUGCUGGGCAGGGCCAGAGGCAAAGAGGUGGGAGGGGCAACAGAUGUGGCUUUUAGCUUUGUAUAGCCACAAAGAAGCCAGUGGUUUCUGUACCCACUCAUCUAUCCAUUCUCCAUCCAGGCAAACACUUCAAGGACACCUUCCAAGCAGGUGUGUAGCCAGUGAGAUGUGUGGCCCAGGGAGAAGGCAUGUGCUGGGAAGAGUCUUGAGGUCCAGAUGGAGAAGCUUAGAAGCCUGCAUUAGAAUGUAGUUCAAUCCUCCUUGGACAGUAUUUCCUCCCACCCACACAGGUUAUAUUUGACGGGUGGGCAAGACUACCCACCUGCUAAUCACCCAACAACACUGUGAUGUCAGAUGAUUGACAGGUGGCCAAAACGUUUCCCCACCCCUGGGCUAGAUAGGUGGACCAGUAGCCUGGCCUGGUCUAAGGCAGCUUCCUAUGCUCUUGAUAUGGUAUCUCAUGAUACCACCAAGAGAACUGAAACUGAAUAUGAUGCAUAUGGGGAGAGGGUAUGCUUUGCUACUCAACACUGACGGAAUUAGCACAUUUUUUGCAUAUGUAUAUAUGUGUGUGUGUUUUAGGGUCUUUCAAUAGAAGAAAAAGAAAUUCCCUCUACGUAACGGUGACUCUUCUCAUUGUGUCUCUGUUAAUUCUUACGGUUGGUCUUGCUGCCACGACAAGAACGCAAAAUGUGACUGUUGGAGGUUAUUACCCAGGGGUUAUUGUAAGUAUAGAACUCCUAGGUAGGUCAAGAAGCUGUGUUGCUCCCGCCCAAGUCCCCACAAACCUUCCAAAUUGAUUAGAAUGUCUUAAGUGUUAAUCUCUGCUCAUUUGCUUUCUGCCUUCAUUGAAUGUUUUGUUUCUUUGAGACUUUCUAGAUUUUGUUGGAAUGGAGCUUCCAUCCUUCCUCACCAUUGGCCAUGCUGGAUGGAGCUGGUGGCCUCAAAGUCCAACAUCCUAUGGGGGGUCACGAGUUCCUUACUUCUGGCUUUAAAUAUGGGGAUGGGGGCCUGGUCCACACAUGCAUGUUCAUCACUGGGUGACUGCAACACGAUUACUUGCAUGUGUGGCCAUAACACCCUUGAGCCAAUGGUUUCCAUAUGGAGUCACAUUCAGUGGCAAAUCAUUUGGGACUGGUUCACACAUGAGCAUCUACCCCUGAUAGGAGGAGUGAAGGAGCUGUGGCCCUCCAGAUGUUGUGGGGCUCCAGCUUCUAUCAUCCCUAGCCAACAAGGUCAGUGUUCAGUGACAGUGGGAAUUCAGUAACAUCUGGAGGGUCUAUCUCUGCUCUACAGAUUGCUGUUCACUUGUUGGCUGGUAGCUGAAUGUCUGACCUGACUCCGCUGGGUAGUGUUGCGAGUGAAGUGAUAUGGAUGUUCUGUCUGUGGUGUUAGGCUUGUGGUGGCUCACUUAUGCAUGCAAAGGUCCCCUUGGUUAUCCAGCGAGAAACAUGUGCCCCAUAACAAGUCCAUGGUCUGUCACUUAGUGCUUCAUCCACCAAAUGUGUGACCCACCUCCGUUGACAAUGUGUUUCACUCAACUUCAUAUGCAAGUUGUCUCUGUGGCUGUUUAACUGAGGGCUAACACCUGCAGCCUAGUGCCACACCACACAUGCAAGUGUGAACUAGUGUUAUGCUCAUACCUGGAACUAAUGGUGAGAACUGGGUAUUUCUGCUAGUCUCCCAUUGACUUCCAUUGGUGGUGAGUAGAUCGACACCAGGAGAUCAAAAAGGGACCACCAUGGAAAAAGCCUCUAUGUGCCUGUGCUGUGGGUUUCAGAUGUGCAGUGAAUGCAUGCUCAACUCCUUCCAAAAUUGCAACAUCAGUGCAGAGGAAAGUUCACCUGGGGCUACUGGCCAGUUUUCUGAAGCAGGAAAAUGCAGAAAUGCCUCUAAACCCAUGUCUGUAAUCGCACCAAGGUGUGAUUCACAAUUAACUACUGCAGGCUCAUCUGCCAUAUUUAUGCCCCUACUCACUUAAUGAGGUACAUAAAAUAAUGGAGGCUACACAGAUGGUUCCAGUCACUUGGAGGAAACGUAACUGGAAGCUGCAUUUGGCUGUAGCUAACUGGCAGGCCAGCACCCAGUUGGAGGCAUUCACCUCCCCUUCACAUGCUACAAGUGCCCCACAAACAAGUCUUAAAUCUGCUGCUGUUAUGUGUGAGCUAUUCCUCUGAUGUCACACUGAGGACACAAGACAGUGGCCUGGUACAUCCAUGCAUGAACCAGCCUCCAUUGCUCAGCCCUUAAGUACUAUGACCUUGAUGCUUUACACCUGAACAUGUGAACCAAUCCCAUGAAAACAUGUUGGAUUUGUGUGGUGUGGGGUGCUGCAAAAAUUUCUGGUUCUGGUGUUAAAUCUCUAUGCUGAACUGUUUGUCCGUGUUUGCCUUUGAUGUUGCAUGUCCUGUACUAUGCAUGUCUCUAUUAGCCCACAGAAUGCCUUGCUGAUGAACUUAUAUCUGCUGAUUUUGUAGCCCAUCUCUGCCAUCUGGAUUUGUUUUUAGCGAGCUGGCUCAGAAUGCAAAGUGUCCUGAGAUAGCUUAGUACAUAUGAGAACUCAGAAAGCCAAUGUUGGAUUUGCCCAGUGCAUGCUUAAGAUAGUUGGGUCUUUGCAAUGUCCUACCCCUGCUCUGUAUCUUUUCUGUAUCUCUUCUGGGUGGAAUACACCAACCCUUUUCAGAAGGGAUCUUCAUUCUGCUCUUAUAAUAUUGAAACACUUUCUGCUCUCAUUUUUCUCAUCAGAAUGUUGGAAAGUGAUCCCGUCAAAAGGGCAGAGUCAGAAUAUCUACUACUCUGGCCCCUUAAAUGUCAGUCCAUGCAAUCUUGGCUGCAGGAUAAUGUAGGUGCGCUGCGCAGCAAAUACUCUCAUUUCAGCUGGAAUGAUUCAAAAUGUCAGUACACAGUACAAGACUGUGGACAUUUCCACUCUGAUCUCUAGGUUGCAGAAAGAAACCAUCAAGCUAGCAAGUGUUUCUUAGCUUAGCACACUUUGGGUUGGUUCAUACAUGCAUUGCCUUAUUUCUCACAGUUAAAUGUGUAAUUGUUUCCAUUAGCAGACCAUUUGCGCUUUGUUAUGUUAUCUCCCUGGCAUGUAAACCUCUAAUGUCUUGUUCACACAUGCAAGCCUAAUGCUGCAAUCCUAAUGUACCGGUAUAUAUGAAUUGGCAUUUCAGAGAGAGUGUAAGCUGAUUUUGUAGCCUGGUAGUGACAUCAGAACUUUAGGUUGGCACACUUAAAAUGGGUUAAGGCACUCUGUCAACCUAGCACAAGAAACCCACUUAAAAAUAAAAACAUAACAUUUUUGUCAUUUGGAAAGCGAUGAGGAAAUGCAUUUAAAAGUGUGGGAUGAACAAAUGACUAGUGGGAAGAUGUGUAAACACCCCACAAGGAAGUCAGGAUGAAUGCCCAUUGUCUUAAAACAAUAAUUAUAAUUAUAACAAUAAUCAUAAUUUGUCCCACAAACAAAUUGGAAUGACUGGUAAGUAAAGACCAGAUAUAGGGCCCUUCCAGACAUUCUGUUUAUUGAGCAUUCAUGAUGAUUUGGGCUCAUGAAGGUGCUGAGGCAGUUACACAUCAUCUGAUUUGCACCUGCAAAAGUUUCAGUUUCAACUGGUGCAUGAACUGUGGCUUCCUGCUGAAGUCCUGUAAUUUUUCAUACCACAAAUGCUCCUUUGUCCCGUUUCUGUUGCGCAGGCGUAGCGCAGGCGUGCCCCUCCACAUGGCAGUAAUGUGGUCAUGUUGGGGAAGCAUCAAAGAACUACCAAAGCAUAAUGAUGUUGGGGAGGUCCAGUCAGAAUCCAUCACCAGUGCAUGAUAAUUGACAUGUUGCAAAAUGCAUUCAUGGGUGACUGGAGGUGAAACCCUAGUCUGGAGGUGCCCUUGGGCUAACCACCAUGUAAGCAUUCUGCAUGCAAAUAAAGAUGAAUGCUUAAAGAGGUUCUUAGGAGGCGCUAUAUGUGGGUAUCUGUGCUUUUGCUACGUGCUUAGGUCUCGUUCCCAUGCUAACCAUGCAUAUGAACCAGCCCCUAAUGUAAUCAGUACUCUACUGAAUAAACUGAUGCAUUAAAUCAAGGAUGGGAACUCUGUGGCCUUUCAGAUGUUGCUCCCCUCAACGCUAACCAUGAGGCAUUCCAGCUGAGGCUUGGAGAGCUACAGAUUCCUGACCCCUGUGUUAAACAGCUGUAUUACACAACACCUUGUUUAAUUCCUUUAUAAUAUUAUCUGUUAGUACUCUAAAGUCCACUGUUACUUCCUGCCAGUGUUUAAUAAAAUCAUAGAAACAGAUCUGGAAGUUAUCCCAUCCAGUUUUAAGGAUCUUUCAUGUACAGUGGUACCUCUGGUUGCAAACGGGAUCCAUUCCGGAGGUCCGUUCGCAACCUGAAAAAAAUGCAACCCGCGUCUGCGCACGCACGGGUCAAGAUUCUCUGCUUCUGCAAAUGAGCAUGAUGUCAUUUUGCACGUCUGUGCAUGCGUGAGCGGUGAAACCCGGAAGUAACCCUUUCCGGUAUUUCCGGGUCACGCGGGACACAACUUGAAGCAAACGUAACAUGAGGUAUGUCUGUACUAUAACACUUCCACAGCUUACAGCUGGGAAGAGGAACCUGUGACAUCCCAGAUGUUGCUGGACUUGCAACUCCCAUCAGCCCUAGUCAUCCUGCCCAGUGCUUAGGGAUGACAGGAGCUCAGUGCUUAGGGAUGACAGCAACAUCUGGAGGACCACAGAUUCUCCACUCCUGCCAUACAGUGAGCCACCAUUCUGUCACAUCCUAGCAUAAUUGGGCAACAUAACGCUGGAAGGAGUUGUGCGCAGAUAGAAGCAACUUCAUUCUCAGUUGAUUGACUCCCGACCCCUGCAGCUGGAAUCACUAGGAGUAAACUUAGUAUACAAGUACAUCUCAUUUUCCUCCCUGCCACAUCUGCUACUGGGGGAAGUGAGGUUGGGGAAGUGAGGUGCCGCAUUUGAGAACAUUUGCAACAGAGAAAAAUAAAACCACCCCUUGACACAGGGUUACCCUGCCCUUAAUAACGCUUCGCUCCUUCAAUCAUGUCCCAUCUGUCAUCCAUCAUGGGCUUUUUGCUAAUUUAUUCCAUUAAGAGCAUUUUGGCACUUAUACGCUCUGGUGGAUGGACAGCUCACUAAGCAACCACUGUGACCGGCAAAUGACCCAGGUAAUGGGUAAUUAGAUGCACAGGCAGAUGGAAUCCAUAUCUGGAUUCAGUGUUCUCUGAUCAAGGAUGGUGUGCUAGUACAAGGGUGAGAAUAAUGGUUGCAUAACAUGAUGUCCUAUGCAACAGUUUCACUAGCAGAAGCUUGUUAUGCAACAGGAUGUAUUGGGGCAACAGCAGUCUAUUCUGUGAUUAGCCAUGAGAACCAUGCUGGCUUGCUGCACCAUAUCAUGUGUCAAAUAUUAUGCUCGCGCAACUAGUGCACCACUAAGGGACUUGAACUUAGUGCUACAUUGAAUUCUUCUUCCCGCCCCCAUCCAUAAUCACUAACUCGAGAGGAGGACAAGGCAAGGCACCCCAUCACAAUUGGGGUGAAUAAGCAACUUGCACUAAGUCACCUCAUGCACUACUCACUGAACGGAAGGUUGCACCUGUCUGGAGGGAUCUUGGCCACCCUGAAGUCUUAAUCCUCAAGUAGCAGUGGUGUUUACUAAUCAGCACAUGGUCAGUGCCAACAGGUUGGUUUACACGUGCACAUACGUCAUGUGUUUACGUUCAUCGAGACACGUGUGAACUGUUUAAGCGAGGAAGCAUUUCUUCCUUGGCUGGUAUGAAAACCGUCUGUGACAAUUAACUAGUGAUUGCACAUUUAUGCAUGCAAGUUAUUGCUUGAUGAGAGGAUAGAACGGGAUGAACCAUGUUAUGAUCAUAUUAGUUUCUGCAAAGAGGUCUGCAGAAUCCUCCUCUUAUUUACAAUCUCAUCCUUUCCUACUCUUGCACCCAGAGGUCAAAGUUGAGAAUCAGAAGAGCUGUUUGAGGCAAGCACCUGGCUCUCUUCUGCUGUGUUGCCCCUAAUACCUGGCAUGCCUGUCUUUCUGGGUUCCCAGUAAACAACAGCUUGUGUAGCUGGGCUGAUUAAAGCUGUUCUCAUCCUCCUGUGGAAGCAGCAUCAUGGGUAGCAAUAGCUGUUGCUUUGGUGCAGAAAAAAGGCCAAAAAUUCUGCCAGUGGUGGGAUAGUUUUUAUGCUACUGCCAGAUCCAUGUGAUGGCUCUGAGAUUGGUGGUGCCUGCCAACUACAUUUAUUAAGCAGGUAUCAUAAGAGAUGUAUGAAUAAGAAGUCCUUGACUCAAUUGGAAGUCUGCCUCAGCUGGCUACUCCAGUUAUGUCAAGCAUUUGUAAGACCAUUGCUGCAUUAUUGCUGUCAACCUGCAUUAAAAAUUAUUUUUGCAUGCAUUUUGCCUAAUUUCUAAAAGCUCCUCUUUAUUACGUGAUUUACUUCCACUGGUAAAAAUCAGGAAUACUGUUGCAAUAUUUUGGUGAUUCUGGUUUUUUGGUUUUUUUUUUAAAUCCUCAGAUUUUUAAGGCUUCUGACUGAAUAUGUGGUGUGUGGUCUCCCCCCCCCCCAACCCUGGUUUCUAAUUCUGCAUCUGUGCUAAAUGGUUAAAAUGGAUGACUUCUAAAAGAUCUAAAACAUUUUUUAAAACCUUGCCUUUCAGCUUGGCUUUGGGUCAUUUCUUGGAAUUAUUGGAUCAAAUUUGAUAGAAAAUAAAAGGCAAAUGGUAAGUUUUUUAACAGUUGUAAAGUUACUGUCAUUUUAAGUUAACUGUCAUGUUUGCUCAAUAUUCCUCACACUGACUGGCAGCAGUUCGCCUGGUCCAGGGUCCUUCCCAACCCUACCAGGUGGUACCAGUAACUGAACCCAGGACUCUCUGAGUGCAAAGGGUGUACUCCGUCACUGAGAUACAUGGAUUCACCUAAUGCGCAUUGGAAGCUACCUUAGACCUCUGAUCCCCAUCUACCUUGGUAAUGUCUGCUCUGACUAGCAGCAGCUCUACAAGGUCUGAAGAGGUAAGCACCUAUUAACCUGACCCUUUCAACUGGAGGUAUUGGGAAUGAGACCUAGCUAUUCUUUUGCUUGCAAAGCAUGUCCUAGACCAAAGUAUUUAUUUAUUAAAUGGUUUAUAUCCUCCCCUCAAUAAAUAUUUCCUGGGUGACUUGCAAGUAUUAGAAAUACAAUGUAUAGCAAUAAAAAUCAACAGCAGAUAAUAAAAGACAGCAAAAGCAUUGAAGCAGAAGCAACCCUUCUCCUAAAAAGCUCAGCAUUGCCUCAAGCCAGAGGUUGCCAACAGAUUGAACUGUGUGCUUCACUGUGGUUUGCCAAGGUGCCUGCGGACCCCAAAAGGUAUGUCACUCCUGCCUCUGGCAGUAACCCUUAAACAAGGCUACCACCUUUCCCCAGAUGGAUGGGUCUGAGAAGCAGAGAGUACAGCCAGACCCCUAGCCAGGUGGUUACCCCAUCAACUCAACUCGGACCAAGUCAGAGCUAUCAGUUUCCCAUUGCCUCCGUUGGCAGCAGUUCCAUCAGGCUGCACCUCAGGGGAAAGUGGUCCAGCAGGGCCCUCCCGUCUGUUGAACGGCUGCUUCUGUGGGUUAACAACCUCAAGAUCACCCAGGCCAACCCCGAGUCCACCUGCAAAUCCCUCUCCCUGCAGCCACGGUGGGGGAAACUCUAGCCCUCCAGAUGUUGAGCCGCAGCUCCCAUCAUCCCUGAUCAUUGGCCAUGCUGGCUGGGGUUGAUGGAGUCCAGCAGCAUCUCGGAAGGCCAUAGGUCCCUCACCACUGCUCUAUAGGGAGGGGUCUAGAAUCCAGACUAUGUCAUCAACUGCCACAGGCCUGAAGAGGCCGCCAUACAUAAAAAGAAAGACAUCUGUGUAACCCCAGUGGUUGUAUAUAUCUCUGCUGGGGUUUUCAUUGGCAUAAGCAGCUUUUGGAAUCCGAUCUCUGCUGUUAUGUCAAAAUAAUCAAACAAACGGUCACUUCUAGGCCCCUUCUCUUCCCAGAACUGACUCCUGGAGCUCCACUAUAUAACUAUUUCGCUUAUAAUAACAUUGUGAAACAGCCAGUAUCUUGAAUCGGCUUGCUUUCCUUCCCUUCUCCCCGCCAUUUUCCUGACCCACAGCUCUUCUCUUAAACUGUAUAAAUCACCAGUUGUGAUGGAGAAGCAGUAGUUCUAUGUAAUAAUGCAAGUACCUUUGGGGCAGGUAAUCAGGAAGUAGUCAGGUGGAACAGCAGUGGCCUGGCAGCCCCAGGGGAUGCUGCCCCAGUAGUCUUCCUCAGUGGCCGGUUGCCCAGGCUGCUGGAGUCAUGCAGGGAUCAGCUAAUCUUGGUCAUUCCGUUCCAUCUUGCAUUCCGAGUUGUGCUUUCAGAAUUCCAUUCCUCUGUCUUCUGUCAUCAGCUCAAGACACUGGCUCUUUCCUUUUGCCAACCACAGACUUGGGACGAUACUUCCAGUCCUAACCCUCCCAAAACUUGGGAGAAUAGCAUUUUGCACACAUGCCUUGGCAAUUGCUGUAGCAUUGAGCUGAAGGGAGCAUCCAUUAUUUGUAGGUAUUACAUAGAGCAAGGACUCAUGGAAGCCUUUUUUUUAAAAAAACUGAUUUACUGAGAAAGCUCUGUGAGCAAUUAAAAGUACUACAGCAAGCUGCAGUGAUGAUUGAUCAAGAAAACUAUGGCUUUGGGACUCGUGAGCCAAAGAUAUAAAACAAGACUUGAGAAUCUUGUAGAGGGGAGUACAUUACCUAUAUGUCUUUUAAAAAAACGACAACUAAAGAAGGACAAACAGCGUUAGAAACUGACCUCUAGAGUAGGUGUGGGGAACUCUCUGAUGUUGUUGAAGUACAACUCCCAUCAUGGCCAGACUUGGUAGGGUUGAUGGGAGUUGUAGUUUAGCAAUACUUGGAGGGCCAAAGUUUCUCCUCUCCUGUUCACUAGGUCAAAAUGUAGUUACUUAUUGCUGUAAUCUAUUUUUGUAUGAUAAUAUUAAAUAAUAGCAAUAGCUUUUUUGUGAAAAUAAGAAAUUGUGUACACAUUGAAUGUUUAUUAAUUAUUUAUUGAGAGGGAGAGUGUUUAAGAAUCAUAUGCAUAGAUGUAUUGUGGUAUGUGAUUUUUUUUAUAUAAAAAAAAAUUCUGUGAUUUUCUUGUCAUUUAUAUCCAAACAUUAAUAUUUUAAAGGAUAUUUCAGGCAGCAAAAAUCUAACCAUUUGCUCCUAUUAGCAGAUUGAUCUGGGUUAUUAAACUAUACAAACCUGCUUAAAAAAGGAACGGGCAGAUGUCAGCCAGCACAUCAAUAAAUCAGCAACUCCAGAAAAUAUAAUCAGGGAUAGGGCAAAACCUUGCAUGUUUUUUUUAAUAUAGAAGCAGAUGACUCCAUGUAGCUUCCUCUUUUCCCACAGCUGGUUGCUUCAAUCGUGUUCAUCAGCUUUGGCGUCAUCGCUGCCUUCUGCUGUGCCAUUGUGGAUGGUGUGUUUGCUGCCAGGCACAUAGUGAGUACCAGCCGACUGGAUAUGUGAUUGUGUUGCCAUGUCCACCACACUUGUGAGCAGGGCUGCAUACUGGCACGCCAGAAAGAGCUGUGGGAAAGCACAAAAUAAAGGAUUUGCAUGCAGAAUCCAGUUUCUUGGUAUUCUCAGCUUUGCUUUUAAAAAGCCAGACACUAGUCCUCAUGCCAAUGAACAUGCCUGAAAGCAUGUGGGCAUUGCUCAGUGGGGAGUCCAGAGGACCUCAUGAGACCUGGCCUAUGCAUGCAAUGGAAUGAGUUGGCAGCAGGGGCGCCAUCUCUAGCGGAGCCCGAGCACGCACAAAAAUUUGGUUGUGGGUGCUCAGCACCCACUGCAGGCCCCCUGAUGCAACUUCCGGUGCUUUGCAGAGCAGAGGAAGUCACACCCGAGACCUCGGAGAUGCCGUCCAACGCCUAGUGAGGUCUCGGAACCUGGCUUGCAGUGCUACUGGAAGUCAGGUUCUGAGGACGCGGGGCGUCAUGACAUCACAUUUCAACAUGAUGUCAUAAAGUCACAUCAGUGUGCUGGCCAUCCAUAACCUGGGGCCCAAGUCGGUGCCCCUGGUUGGCAGCAUGGGGUAUUCCAUUUCAGGCUUCAGAUGAGGAGGUGCCAAUUUUUAACACUUACCUUCUAUUUUUUUAAAAAAAAAAACACCUUACAAAUUUUUCAAAAAAUCCUUAACCUAACACAACAGGGGAAAAGGUGAUAGCCCAGCCCAGUUUGCUUUGCUGGUUUUCUAUUUGCAUGGUGUGUUUUUGUUUUCAUUGUAGGGGGAAAAGCAUUUCAAAAUGUGUCACACACACACUGAAGUGGUAUAGCCUAUUUUACCACCUCAUUCAGCUACAGGUUUAACAUCUCUAGCAUUUGGGGGGUGAGGUCAGUGCCUGCUAUAGCAGCUUGCCCUUUGCUAUGACUAGCAGAAUCAAAAUAACUUAUGUGAAGUAGUUAUAAUAUCAAGAUAAAAUGCAAAGUUCUACAGACUCCUAUCAGUUUGCAUUGAGAUGCAGAAUCCAGCUUUUCUUUGUGUUAGGAAGUCAGCGGAAGUGACCUGGUCACUUCUAGGAACAACAGUCUUUACUCCUUCAUGCAUUAACUAGAGCUAAACAUGCUAGUUAUAUCAGGCUGCCUUUCUCACAUUUUUCAAACCACAAAUAUUCCAUUACCUUGUUGUUUCUGUGCCACUUUUGUUGUGCUAUAACAUAAGAGUGUCCCACAAGAGUACUCCAGUAUCAGAGGUAUCUGUUGCUGGGGAGCACCAAUGAGGAGGGUGCUAUUGCACUUAUCUCUUGCUUGGCUGAAGGGCACUGCAGAGGCUUUUCCUGAUAUUAACCAUUAAGGAGGCUGUAAUUUGCAAUAAAAGCCCAAACAAAGAGCUUUUCAAAGUGAUAAAAAAGAGGUUGAGAAUGGAGGAAGUACCUUUUCCCAGUGAAUUGUGGGAGUUGUAGCUCUGUGUGGGAAAUAGCAGGGUCUCCAAAAAACUCCCAGCACCCUUAGCAAACUACAGCUCCCAGAAUUCUUUGGGGGAAGCCAUGGCUGUUUAAAAUGGUAUUAUAAUGCUUAGUGGUAUUGUAGUGUUAUGGGUUGCCAUAUUUUGAAGAGCAAAAAAAAAAGAGGACACAUUUGCCGACUUCUACUUUCAACUGUGGAUCGCUAUGGCGACUCUCAUUUUACACACUCAUGAAAAAGAGGACGUGUCCUGGAAAAAGAGGGACAUAUGCGAACCCUAGCAGCUGCAGAUAGCACUCAGGAGGGUGGACUUUGGCCUGUUGCGCAUCGAGGUCCCCCAGGCCACCCCAAUAACUCACACUUCACACAUCAAUUUUUGUUUAAGGUUUUUGGCAUGAAUUUGGCCACAACUCUAUUUAAAUACACACACGUGAGUGGUUGCUUAGGCAUUGGUUAUGACUAUCUGUCCUUGCCCCAGGGACAGAACUGACCUCCGGAUUCCAGUGGAAGCCAGUAUGGGAGAACCAUAUGGGGAGAAAUGAAGCUGGGCAUCAGUCUCUCAUCUGUCACCCACAUGCCCCCUGGGGCUUGCACGGCCCAAGUCCGAUGCCAGGGACUAGGACGAAAGGGAUGGCAAGCCCCUGGAUUCCUUUAACGGAAUUCCCUUUCAGCACCACCAUUGGAGGGGUAGGCACUUACCCCUCCACCAGCCAAUUUGGCCUGAUCCUGCAGGCCUGUUCUUAUGUUCUUGUGCACUACUGGGUGUCGUUUUCCUUUGUGCUUCCUUCAAGCAGGCGGUAGGAUGUCUGAAAAUAUGGUUAAUUUGAUCAUCUGCCCACUGUUUCAACAAAAAAAAAAUAUAUCAGGGUUGAUUCACUUCCUCCUUUUUCAUUUUUUUUUAAACUCUACCCUACUAUUUUUCUUAUCUUUUUUUUUUAACAGGAUCUCAGGCCACUGUAUGCAGGACGAUGUCACUACUAUUCCAAAAGUACAGCUCAGCCAGAGGUGGGUCACUGUGUUCCUGCUCCCUCAGUUUCUGCAACAUGAGUGAGCAGGAAAUUCUGGGUGAUAAAUGGGGGAGAAAUGCAGUUUGGCUGGAAUUUUAAUGCAAACCUACCUAACUCAUCCUUUCUAAAACAAUACACAAACUGAAACACAGCCAUCCUUAGAAUCUGCACUUCUCCAAAUGUUGGGAUGCAAUUCUCCAACCAAAUAAUUGUGUAAAAAAAAAAUGUGCAUGUUAAGGGAAAGUGUGCGUUUUAAAAUGUGCAGAAAUAAUGUAUAAUAUUGCUUUGCAAAAAUGUGUAUAUUAGACAAAGUUGUCUACAAAAAUGUGCAUGUUAGGACAAAUUUGCACUACAUUUUUGAGAGGACUUUAAAAAAAAACAGGAUGCAGAAACACGGAGAACUGAACUGGAAAAAUGAGAAGAGAGAAAAACCCAAAUUGGCAGAUUUGUUGAUCUCUAAAGUUGCCCGUUCAAAUACUCCACCUGUCUGGUCUGCAGGAACCAAACUUUUCCAGCCCUUCAGAAAUCUUGUUCUCAUAAACGAAAAAUGAUGUUUCUAGAGUGCACGACUACAGGGGAAGGAAAGCACAUGCUCCUCUGUGUUAAAAAAUAAAAUCAGUGCAUAUUGAAAAGUUUGUCUCAGGGGAAAUAGUUUAUAUAAGAUAUCUUCCUGAUGUGCUAGGGAUGAAGGUCUGUAGUGACAUUUUUUUGUUUACUGUUUGUGGCGGGGGAGCAUUCAGAUGCAUGCUCUCGCACUUGCAAUUAAGCAGAAGUGGUACAAAUCAGAAACAGGCUUCUGGAAAUGCUGUAGGAGCAAACCUGCCAAUUCCAGAAAGAGAUGGUCUUCAGCUUCUGUAAGCCCUGUCUCUCUUGUUCAAACAGGCAGUCUGCCACCCCCAGCACCGCAGCCCCUGCACGCCCAAGAUCAAAGGCAACACCUGCUUCUGCUGCGACCUCUACAACUGUGGGAGGUGAGUGACAUGGAAAAGCCUCACCUGUAGGCAGAGAGUGAAAUGGGAGAGCUCAAGCCCCUGGGUCGAUCCUGCAGUCUUGAAUAUGAAGGAGUUGUUUCAGGCUGAGACCCUAUCUGCACUAUACAUUUAAAACAGUAUCACUCCACUUUAAACAGCUGUGGCUUUCCCCCAAAGAAUCCUGGGAAAUGUAAUUUGUUAACAGCACUGAGAGUUGUUAAAAGGUAAAGGUAAAGGAACCCUGACCAUUAAGUCUAGUCACAGAUGACUCUGGGGUUGCAGCGCUUAUCUUGCUUUACAGGCCGAAGGAGCCAGCGUUUGUCUGCAGACAGUUUUUCUGGGUCAUGUGGCCAGCAUGACUAAGCCGCUUCUGGCACAACUGAACACCGAAACCAGAGCAGCACACGGAAACGCCGUUUAAUUUCCUGCCGCAGUGGUACCUAUUUAUCUACUUGCAUUGGCAUGCUUUUGAACUGCUAGGUUGGCAGGAGCUGGGACAGAGCAAUGGGAGCUCAUCCCGUUGUGGGGAUUCAAACCACCAAUCUUCUGAUCGGCAAGCCCAAGAGGCUCCGUGGUUUAGACCACAGCACCACCCACGUCCCUGAGAGUUGUUAGGAGAACCCUAUUCCCCUCACAGAGCUCCACUUCCCAGAAUUCUUUGGGGAAAGGGAUUGCUUAUUAGACUUCUCUGGGGAUGAUAGUUCUGUGAGGGGAAUAGGGGUUUCCUUGCAACUCUCAGCACCUUUAACAAACAACAGGUCCCAGGAUUCCUAGAGGCAAGCGAUGACUAAAGUGGCAUUAUACUGCUUUAAGUGUAAAGUGCAAAUGAGGCCUGAGCUUUGUGCUAUAGAGAUAACUUUUAGUGGGUCAUGUCAUUCAGCUGGCAGCCUGCAAAGUCAGAUUGUCCCUCUGUACCUUUUUCUGUUUACUGUUCUUGGUGGUUUACUUAAAGCCAGGAGGGUUUAAUGCAACCUACCAAGGUUGGGUAAGCAUCAUUAUGACAUUAGGUAAUUAACUGGUGCUGUCAAAGUUGGCCCACAGGGUAGAGGGAGAUAAAGAUCUGGCCCAAGAAGAUUCCCCACCCCUAGGGUAUAGGGUUGCAGCCUGAGCUGCAGAUCCAAAAGUCCCUGGUUCAAACUUGUGGACUCACUAAGUGACCAGAGACUAGCAGCGUUGUCAUGUGCCUUAUUCCCCACAUCUGCAAAAUGGGGAAAAUAGCACUGAUUUACCUUACAAGGUUGUUGUAAAGAUUACAGUUAAAUGAUGUUUGUGAAAAGAUUUGAACACUUGAAAGUGCAAAAAACCCCUGUUAGCUGUUUUUAAUGUUAAACAAUCACAGCCAUCUGAAACCAGAGCAGCAGAAAAAUCCACAAUGGACUCCUUUUUUUUGCAACAGAAAGACUAACUGGUCCCCAAAGGCCCUCCUGAAAUACUAUAAAUUUACCAUGGAGAGAAAAUGAUACAGUGAUAUAAGAAGAGCCCCUGCUGGAAAAGACCAAGGCUUAUAUCAGGUGUGGGGAACCUUUGUCCCUGCAGAUUUUGCUGAAUUAAACUCCCAUCACCCCGGCGUUUUGUCAUGCUUGCUGCAGCUGAUGGGGGGUUGUAGUUUGGGAACAUCUGGAAGGCCAGUGGUUCCCCAUACCUGGCUUAACACAUCCAACUCCCUGUUUUCUACAGUAGGCAGUCAAGUGCCUCUAGGAAGCACAGAUGCAGAGCACAAAAGGCAAUAAACCAUCUUCCAUUGUUCUCCAUCUCAAGCAAAUGUUAUCUAGAGACAUGCUCCCCCUCAUCCUAAAGAUGGCACUUAACCACCUUGAUUAGUAAUCAUUGAUAACUUUUAUCUUCCAUGAAUUGGCCUAAACCCCCUUUAAAACCCAUAUAAGUUGGUGGUCAUCACCACACAACUUGUGACAGCAAAUCCUAUUCUUUUAACUUUGCACUCUGUGAAGGAGUAUAGUUCUGCCAAUGGUUGCUAACUGCUAUGGCUUAAAUCUACCUCUACGGUUGGAGGCAAGGGGUCUCUGAAUAUGAAUUGUUGCGAAUUACAGGUGGGGAGAGCUCUGUUGCAGCCAGGUCUUGCUUGCGGGCUUCCCACAGGCAUCUAUGAGAAGAGGAUGUAGGACCAGAUGGGCCUUUGGCCAAAUAACAACAACAAUAACUUAUUUAUACCCCGCCCAUCUGGCUGGGUUUUCCCGGCCACUCUGGGUAGUUCCCAACAGAAUAUUAAAAACAUGAUAAAACAUCAGACAUUAAAAACUUCCCUAAACAGGGCUGCCUUCAGAUGUCUUCUAAAAGUCUGAUAGUUGUUUAUUUCCUUGACAUCUGUUGGGAGGGCGUUCCACAGGGCGGGUGCCGCUACCGGGAAGGCCCUCUGCCUGGUUCCCUGUAACCUCACUUCUCACUGAGGGAAUCGCCAGAAGGCCCUCGGAGCUGGACCUCAGUGUCCAGGCUGAACGACUGGGGUGGAGACGCUCCUUCAGGUAUACUGGGCCAGGGCCAUUUAGGGCUUUAAAAGUCUGCACCAAUGCUUUGAAUUGUGCUUGGAAACCAAUGUAGGUCUUUCAGGACCGGUGUUAUAUGGUCUCGGUGGCCACUUCCAGUCAUCAGUCUAGAUGCUGCAUUCUGGAUUAGUUGUAGUUUCCGGGUCACCUUCAAAGGUAGUCCCACAGAGAGCACAUUGCAGUAGUCCAAGCAGGAGAUAACCAGAUCAUGCACCACACUUGCGAGACAGUCUGCAGACAAAUAGGGUCUCAGCCUGCGUACCUGAUGGAGCUGCUAGGCAGCUGCCCUGGACACAGAACUGACCUGCGCCUCCAUGGACAGCGGUGAGUCCAAAAUGACUCCCAGGCUGCGCACCUGGUCCUUCAGGGGCACAGUUACCCCAUUCAAGACCAGGGAGACCCCCAUACCUGCCUGCCCCCCAAACAGUAGUUCUGCAGGACUCUUUUAUGUUCUUACGUCCCUCUAGCAAAGGUGUCCCAAAAUGAGGAUUAUCUACUGAAAGAUGUUUUGCCUUUCUGAAAGAUGUUUUGCCUUUCUUUGGAUUGAACAGAGUGGAGAUUUCCGGUGGUUAUUACGAGUACAUUGACGUCAGCAGCUGCCAAGAUAUCAUUCACCUUUACCACCUGCUCUGGUCAGCAACCAUUUUGAACAUUGUGGGCUUGUUUCUCGGGAUCAUCACCGCUGCAAUCCUAGGAGGCUUUAAAGAUAUGGUAAGAGGAUGUCCAUAGGAAACAUAGACAAGUAGAAUUUUUUAUUUAUUUCAAGUGUGUUGUGUCACUUUUUAGAGCUAUGUGCUCACCAUGUGGUGUGCAAAGGAAUGAGAGACAAAGGACAGCAGAAGAUAGAGAGAUUAAAAAUGAGAAGCUGCUCUGGAGACCAGAGCAAUUUUGGGUGGGCACCAGUUAAAGGUGACGAGACAUUUAUUGGUAGCUAUUAAAGGCAGCCAUGAAGUGGGAAAGGCUUUGUGGCCUCCCUAAAUGCCAGAAUUCAAGUGGCAAGGUUCAAGUUCAUCAGGAAGGAGUUGCGUAGUUUUCGGAGCCACUAUAGGAAAGGCCAUAUCUCUUGUGCAUGACGACCAAACUCAUGGGUGGGGAAUCUUUUUGUCUUGGCAAGUCAGAUAAUUAUAUCCUCCCACCUGCAGGCCAGCUUUGACAAGUGAGCGUGACUACACACCUUCUCCAUCUUCUGUCAUCCUAUUGAUCUCGGGUAGAUCGUCCCACCCACCUGUCAGAGUUGGCCCACAGAGUAAAGGCAUUUGAACUCCCCCAUGCAUUAGCUAAUGGGCAGAGGGAUCCAGUCUUACAUUCUGCAGGAUUUAGGUGCAGAGGAGAGUUCCUUACACACCUGAACCAACCAGGACUGAGCUCCCCCCGUUUCAGAUGAUGUACAGGGAUAUUUCAACCCUGCUUUUUACAGCCAUAUACCUGAUGUCAUAUAGGAUGUCAAGGGGUGGGGCUGGUGGGUGUGGUUUGGGAAGAGCAGCCCAGCUGCCCAAAUGAGAAGGCCUGUCAGGCCAGAUUUGGCCUAUGGCCAGGAGGUUCCCCACAGCGGGACACUUGAGAAGGACCCCUGAGGUAGAUCGUAGUGUACAGGCAAGAGCUGUAUUUCUCUUGCAGUAUUCUGAUCUCCUCUGGCCAUUUGAAUAAAUGGACCACAAGCUAAGUGAGUUUUCCGUUUUCCAUUGUGUUCAUAGACGCCCUCACUUCCUGCUAUAAACUGCACAGUUGAAAAUGCACGGCCCACUGUAUCUUACUACUCGAGACCCCAGGUGACGUCAUACAAUACAUAUUACCACAGCACGCCUCACCUGCCACCGUAUUCAGCUUAUGACUUCCAGGUAUGUUGGGUCAAAUGGCUGCUUAAGAGAUCAAUCUGCUUUUUUUACAGAGGGGGUGCACCAUCAAGCAGUUAUGUUACAACUGCCUCUUUUUUCUAUGCAAUCUUUUAUGUUCCAUCUUUUGGAGGAGAGAAAACUAUUUUGCCUUCGUCUUGCUGUCAUUUCGCCUCUGUGACUGGCUCCAAAUUUUACCUUGUUUUUUUGCAGGUGUGGUGAAACACAUUUCACUUUUCUGCUCAGUUUCAGCCUGUAUAAUUGUAGAGAACCUGUGGGCCUUCAGUUGUUAUGCGGCUUCAACGCCCAUCAGCUCCCAGAUGAUAUGGCUGACAAUCAAGGAAUGCUGGGAGUUUAGCUCAGUCGGUAGAGCAUGAGACUCUUUGGGCAGAUUUACUCUCAUGGUUUAUAACGUUUAAAAUGUGCUAUUAAAAUGUGACACCAGAGAGUGCUGGCAAAGAGGGAAUGCAUGUUAAACGUUAUAGAACAUUACUUUUAAUAUCUUCCUAAUAAUGUUUAAAAGAUCGAUGUAGUUCCAGCCUUUAUCCCAGAGUUGUGGGUUUGAACCCCACAUUCCUGUAUUGCCCAGAGUUGGAUUCUAUAGUUCUAAUCUGGAGGGCACCAGGGUUCUCACUGCUGGGGUAAAUUGAUCCUCCUCUUCCUGCGAUGAUCUUCAUAUUUCACCAAGUUGGUCCUUGAAGCUGACAUGGGGGAGUAGGGCAUGAAACUUAAUUUUUACAAAUUUCUUCAGUAAGCGGAAGUCUUAAAUAUGUGUUUUGGGGGUGUGAGGAAUUCAAAUCUGCUAUUAGUUUUGUGAUUGGACAACAUUUAGCUUGGCAAGUCUGUGCCUGAUGAAGAAGCACAUAAACUGCUUUCGGAAAACCAAAGAAUUCUAAUUUUACCUUCCGAAAAUGUCAGGAAGUGCUGAACAAAAGGAAUAAUAAAUACAAAUAAUAUAAACAUACAGUAUAACUGCAAGUACUUGACAGUCUCUUUUAAUGAUUUCUAUGCAAUUUUACACACAUUUUUACUUAACCAAGCAAAACUAAAUUAUAUUAAUUUAACCAAAACAUCUUUUGAAUUCCCAAGCCAUGUUACAACUUUUUAGCACCCCUCAUUCUGGAAUUCAAAAGCUGAAAAAUUCAACAUGCCCUAGCGGGGGAGGCGAUAUAAAGAUAAACUCUCCCUGAAAUGCCUCAUAGCCAGGUCGUAAAAGGUAACAGCCAGCGCCUCGCCAUGGGUGGAAUUCUUGUAAGGACCUCAAACUGGGCUACCAGGCUACUGGGAUAGCUCAGUCAGCAGAGCAUGAAACGCUUCAUCUCAGGCUGGUGGGUUCAAGCCCACAUUGUGCAGAAAGAUUCCUGCAUUGCACAGCGUUAGAUGACCCUUGUGGUCCCUUCUGACUCUACAGUUCUAUGAAGCAGGAAUUUAUAUACAGUAAUACCUCCGCGAACAUCCGCCCCCAUCGACUAUCCAUUUUGGCGAAUGUCCGCAGCAAACCCGGAAGUACUGGAACAGGUUGCUUCCGAGUUUGCUGCUUGCGCAUGCGCAGAAGCGCUAAACUGCACUAUGCGCAGAAGUGCAAACCACUCCACGCGCAUGCGCAAAACGGCGCUUUAUCGAGCAUCCCUUUUGUCGAGCAUCUGGGACUCAGGAACAGAUCCCGGACUCAAAACAAGGUACCACUGUAUAUAGUUCAGAAGUGCAUGACCUAGGAAGCUGUUUUAAUUCCAGGUCAUAUCCCUGCUACACCUAGCUCAGUACUGGCAGUGGCUCUCAGGUAAGAGGUAUCACCUGGGCUGGGGAGGCCUGCCCAGGUAGAGUCCUGAGGGCCUGAAAUAGGGGCCUAGAGUCCACAGUUGGCUCUCAGGCCUAGGAUUCCCCCUCCCACGUUGGUGUUGACAAUGCUAAGCUAGAAGGACCAAAGAUUGGGCUGUGCUUGAGGCAGCUUUCUCUAUGCUAAAGCCACCUCUCUCCCUUUCGUUGCAGCAUUCCAGUGUCUUCCCGGCCUCCACACCAUCUGGCCUUUCUGACGAUCCUUUAUCGCUGUCGCCAUCGCCAAGCUACGUCUGGUCCCCUACUGCUCCUCCUCGUUACUCCCCACCGUAUUUUCCACCUUUUGAAAAGCCACCACCUUACACGCCAUGAAGGAAGGACGGGUAGAAACUGUGCCACUGGGGCUAAUUGUGAAACCUUUUUGUACUGGAGGGAGGGUGGGGAAGAGAGAGGGGGCACACUUAUUACAUAGCAUACAUAAUCCAUUUAAAAUAGGGGAACCCUGCAACAGUCUUCCCAUAGACCAGGCCUAGGCCAAAUUGAUGCUAAGUGCCAGCAGCAAGAAGGGACAAAUCCUGCAUUCAGCACCUGCAGUCUUGCUCUGUUUGCUUCUUCAAAAUCCAUCCUGAUUAGUUGGCCGCUGUGGACUUGUUGCUUUGAGGGUUUGGUCACUUUGAGCAAAUUACUGAAAGUGCUGUGUGGCUAAUCAGGCACACCCUGCUUUUCUCAAAAGGUGUUGAUAAACUGGGGUUCCUAAUUCCUUUUCUCCUCUUUAACAAAAUUGCUGGGCUGAGUGGAAUGUAGCUGACGGUGAAGAUUUAAAGGAGGAACUCAAGAGCUUGAGUGUAUGAAAUGAAUACUCUAGACUAGUAGAAGGAAAUAAUAAUAAUAAUAAUAAUAAUAAUAAUAAUAAUAAUAGAUAUAUGAAGCCUUAAUUUUGCACACUGAAAAUAGGCCUUUUAAUGGGAAUUGAAGGUCACUGUAGAUGCAGCUGUUUGUUAGGCAAAUGGUACUCUACUGACACCUAGCGACAUUCUGUGAGCCUUACCUCACAGUAGAAAAACAAAGGUUGCUUCACACAGUACUUUUUAUCUUUACAUAUGUUGGUGAUGGAUACAUAUAAAUCGGCCUUUAUUUUCCUAGUUAGGUUUUUAAUAUAGCCACAAUCAAAAAUAGGUGCUAUGCCAAAUAUUUUCUGCUCUUUUAAACAGCACAAAAGCCACACAGUUUGGCUGGAUGCACAUGAUCAAAUGUAACUUCCCCCUCUUUCCUUGCAAGAGGAUGCUAAUUAAGCUGCUUAGCAUCUUCAAGCAUUGGAUUUCCAUCAUUUGUUCCAACAUAAGCCGUUUGGGUGUUCAGACACUCUGCAUGUAAACAAACACAUGUAAGAGAUGUGGGAAGGGGGGUGCCAAAGCCCACCCCUUACAGCUCAUCCUCCACACCCCAUUUUAUAUUAAAGUUCUGCAGAUGGAGGUCUUCCGUACUCACAGUGGCUGCUUCUGCUGCUCAGUGGUAGGGCAUUUGCCUUGCAUAUAGGAGUUCCAAGGUUCAAUCCCUGGCAUCACUGUGUAAACCGUUGCCUGCAAGUCUGGAGAGCUGCUGCCAGGCAAUGUACACACAAUCCUCAGCUAGAUGGACCAUUGUUCUGAUUCAUUAUAAGGCCGGCUCCCCGUGAAACUGACACAAAUAGGGGGGUUUAAAUAGUGCAAGCAGCUCAGCCUCCACAAGAAGAGGAGGCUCCCCACCUGUCUUCACACCACUGGAGUCCCUCAAGUAGAGUGUGUUCGGUAUAGCCAUUUUGGGACUCUUGGGUGAUCAGGAACUGAGGCUAACAUUAACUGCCCUCUAAGCUGUGCAGCUAGACCUAGACUGCAUGCCUGCAUUAUUCAUAGGCUUACAUAGUCAGCUUCAAAUGACACACAACUCUGCAUGCAGAAUCCUCAGCUGGUACAAAUCCUAGGAAAUCCUAGUCUGAUUUACACUUUAUGUUGCAGUCUCUCAUACAUCUUAAUAGGGAACACUCAAAUGUUUGAAGCAGGUAUGUAUAUAAUUGCAAGUCCCCCCCCCCCCCCAAAAAAACCCCACGGAUCCUUAGUGAGUGUUCACUGUGUCUUCUUACAGAUCUCUCCCCUUAUUUGCAAAGUCCACCACAGUAUGAAGUGGACCGUAGAUUCCUGCUUUUAAAAAACAAACAAACACCUUAAUGAAUUUAUUAUAAAGGGCUGCUUUUGCUUGCGACUGAGUUCGAAGGAAGGGGAUUUGCUCCGAAUUAGAAAAACUAAUAUUUUAAAGAACAUUGCAGUUGGAAAGCUUUUAGCUUUCACAGCUCUAGCAAUUUAGAAAGUUGCAUUUUGUAUGUGUAGCCGGUUUGGUGAAUCAGACCAUGGUUCACUUCAAACAGCAAUGCAGACCUAGGUUCAAAUUCCCGCUGAGCCGCCAGCCUAACCUACUUCUUGGUGUUUGGGAGGAAAACACAUGAAAGAGAUUUUACUGCAACAUUUAAAUACCUGAAUUGUGUAAUUGCUUCAUGGUAGCUAAUCAAGUCUGUAUUUUAAGCUGUAAGAGAUGGAGGAGUUUGGGAAGCCAUGCAUUGCAUAGCUUAAUAGAGGGGUAUCCAAUGUGCCCUCCAGAUGUUUCUGAGCUACAUCAUUCUACACCAUUGGCCAUGCCUGCUGGAGUGAUAGUUGUAGUCCGGCAACAUUUCCAGGGCACUACAUUGGCUACCCCUGGCUUAAUAUAUGUGCUAAGCAUCUUAAUACUGAUACUAGGGAGCUCUCAAGACUUUGUGAGCUUGUGUGUCCUAUCACCAAUUGAGUGCUGUUCUGGAUUGUGGCCAGAGACUGAAUGCUAUUCAUUCUGGGGAGGUAGGGAGGAAAGAGUUGUACAAAAACAGGCAUUAGAGCAUGUUCUUCUCACCUUGUCAAUUCAUUCACUGGUUCCCUGUUUGCUUGGGAUUCACAGAAUGCUUUGCACAAAACAGGGUUAGCCAGCAUGGUAGACUCCAGACACUGGACUGCACCUCCCCCAUCUUGCAGGCCAAUCUCAUUGUGUAAAGUCACAGAAGCAGGUGGUAAAAAAGCCUGAGCUGAAGAGUUGUGCAUUUCAAUAGCCUGGACCUUCUCUUCUCAUUAAUGCCACUGCUCCAACAUCACACUAAAGCUGCAAGGCUGUAUCUACUUACUUUGCAGUAAGCCCAAUCAAACUCGGUGAGAUUUACUUCCAAAGUAGCCAAAGAUAGGAAUGUGCUAUAAAAGUUAUUUAUUGCCUAAAAAGCCAUUGCCUAAAAUCAUCUGAGGAUUUUAAGAGAUGUUUUCAGUCAGGGCUGGGGAACCUGUGGCCCGUUGGAUGGCACUGGACUCUAAAUUCCAUCAGCUGCAGCCAGCAGUCGUCAUCAGCGAUGCCAAAAGCUGGAGUCCAGCAACAUCUUGAAGUCCACAGGUUCCUCAGUGUAGCUUCUAGUUCAUUCAGCAUUAUAUAAAAUGGGUGUAACUCGUGCAUGCUCUCCUGCAUCAUAAGCCCAAGGUUUGCCAAAAUGUUGUGGUGCUCUCAUUCCCAUCUGCGGGCUUUGCUCAAGGUCUGUCAGGUUUCAAAGCAACUUAAGCAGAGCAGUUAAACACAUCCUUGCCCCAUGUCCACCUUUUCUCCAGAAUAUCUUAGAGCAUGAGCUUUUUGGAGUGGGAGGGUUUGACUCUGCGCUAAGAUUUCAUUAAUUGUGUUAACCUCAUUUGUAUAGCAAUCCCUGCUAUCAUACUCUUAAGAGGCUAGAACAGGGCUGGCCUCUAGCUGACUACACAGUACCUUUAGAUUUCAUUAUCAUUGAGUGCCAAAGACAUCUGAACAAAUGGAAUGGUUAUGUCACAGUGUCCGUGCUGCUUUUAAAAAAGUCUCUUUUUUUACAUGAAGAAAAUAGCAGUUAUCUCCACCUUGAUGACCAGGUUGCUUUUUAGCUUUGAUAGAAGUGUAUGCAGUCACCUGUAAAUGUAAACACAGAAGUCACACGCGCUGUAUUAUCAUCUUCAAAUCAAUUUCUUGUGAGAAUGUAAUGCACACAUGGUUCAUGUGCCCUCGAAAUAAUUUAUAAAAAUAAAAAUGGUAAGAAUUUUG